UCCCACCAUCAUCCAGUACACAAAAAUGGGCCCUUCCUCAGCCAUCAAAGUGAUCUUUUUCUUCCAUUUUAUUUUAGCCCUUGCUGUCCCAAGUUUGGCAGCAUCAUACGUGGUUACUUGGACAAAAACUAAUUUAGCAUCUCCAGGAACUCUUCUUCAGUUGUCUAAUCUUCACGCUGGUGAUACGAUCAAUUUCCUCAACCCAGAGCUUAUUCCCAUUUACCAAGUAUCAAAAGCGGAAUAUGAUGGUUGUCUACAGACUCCAAACAGGACCGUAAUUGGGCGUCAAUUGGAAAACGUUUACACUAUUCCCGGAAUUGGUGAUUUCUACUUAGUUUCCGAUCUCGUCGAUUGUCUGAAUGGUGUGAAGCUUCAACUCCAUGCUACUUGAGGAGCUGCCAGAACCAUUUAUGAAGUUAAUUUCGUGGCAUCAGUUUUCACGAUCAGUUUCUCUACACUAUGGGCAUCCUGGCUAGCUACUAUUAAUACUAAGUCGGUUGCAAUAAUAUAACUACUAAAAAAAAAAGGAAUAAACGCCAUAUACGUAAAUGGCUUCCGUGUAAUACCAUGGUUAUUAGUCCCUUAUUUCCUCGUUGUUUGGUUUCUUUUGUGGUUUCUGAAUUACGUUAAUCGUGUGGCUUUUCGU